AUGAUCACCCGCGUACUCUGCCGCCUGCCACGCGCGCACCCACGAACCCCGCGGCGCCUCAUGUCCACCCAGGACAAAUUCAACCGCCCGAUGCCGCACCCGCUCCCGCCUGCCCAGCAGCGCGAGUUUGAGGAACUCAUUCGCGCCGCGAACGAGGGCGCCUCCCACCCGGACACCCCCCGGCCCGUCCAGCCGACGUUCGAGGGCGACGUCAACCCACACACCGGCGAACGCGGUGGCCCCAAGCGCGAGCCGGUGCAGCGAUGGUCAGAGGACGAUCCGGAGUGGUCGCUCAAGGGUCGCGUCUCGGAUUUCUAA